AUGCUUUUCUUCAUGGGGAUCUUAAAGAAACAAUUUAUCUCCGACAACCUCAAGGCUUUGUUAACCCCACAAAGCCCGAUUAUGUUUGCAAACUUCACAAGUCUUUAUAUGGCCUCAAGCAAGCCCCUCGGGCAUGGUUCACCUGUCUCUCCACAGCUUUACACAGGAAGAUUACAACAGCUUCAAAAGUUGAAAAUAACAGAGUGCCGUUCACUAAGGAAGAUAUUUGAAAUUGAAGGGGAUAGCAACGACUGUUGUCAUAGUGACAUUGAUAAAGGCAGCGAUAUAGUAACAACCCCAAGAUUCGUAAAUAUGAUUCUACUUGAAUUGCCCAAGUUAAAGAUAUUGCGAAUCAAUCAAUGUGACCUUUUGGAACAUAUUUUCACAAGCUCCACACUCAAGAGUCUCAAGCAACUGGAAGAGUUGACAAUAGAAGAGUGCAAGGCAAUGAAAAUAAUUGUGAAGGAAGAUGGAGAGCACUCAACAUCUAAAGUUGUCAUCUUUCCCCUACUAAAGUCGCUCACAUUAACUGAUUUACCAAAUGUUGAAGGUUUUUUCUUGGGGAUGAAUGAGUUUCGAUGGCCACUGUUGGAUAAGGUUAAGAUCUUUGGCUGCUCACAAAUAAUGGUGUUUACAUCUGGUCACUCAAUGACCCUAAAGCUCAACUGUAUGCAUACUGGAUUAGGAAGACAUAGUCUUGAAUGUGGCGUCAACUUUCAGUUGACCAAUGAAUCAAAUGAGGACAUGAGUCUAUUGCUGUUCCAAGAGCUACGCAUAAGUGAUUGCAAAAAUAUGGAAGUAGUUGUCAAGCAAGUGGAAGAAGAUUCUGAUACUACAGCGAAUGAGGUUAUUGUGUUCCCUUGUCUAAAAUCCGUAAUACUUAAGUUGCUUGAAAAUCUCAAGGGAGUUUACUUGGGACCGGAGGCUUUUAUGUAG